AUGUCGAAGAAGACGAAACACCGAAAAAUUAUGAUCCGUGUGAAUGGCCAAGCCAACCAGGGAGGUCGAAAAGAAAUGGAAGAUUUUAAACGCGUAGUUUUUGACCGUAAUCCGGAGCAAGCUUUCUUCGCUAUCUUUGAUGGCCACGGUGGAGGAGACGCCGCCGAUUUCGCCAGGAAUCAUCUAUGGGACAGAAUAAAGCAACAAAAAGGGUUCUACUCUGGCGAAACAUCGCGAGUCACCAAGGCAAUAAAGGAUGGGUUUGUGGCUACGCACCGAGAAAUGUGGAAGCACCUCGGUAAGUUAGUUUCCCUUUCGUGUCAUUUCGCGUUGGAUACUGAAACUUGUGGUAUGGCUAAAAAAGAUACACUUCAUGAUUCGAUUUGGGGCAUGUCAUUUGUCGCUUUUCCUUGGAUCGUAUAGAAAAUUAAGAGAUAUCUUUGGCAGUUUGUAUAUAUCCCGCCAAAAUUGUUGUUUGGAAUUAUUCGUGACGUUGAAAAGCGACUCGUGCAUGAAUAUAUCCUGUUGUCUUUCAAAGCUUUUCAUAUGCAAAACACCCAUGCUUGUUUGUAGUAUGAAAGCCAUGUAAAAAAAAAUUGCUCUUUCCUGCCGAAAUAAAGUAAAAAGCAUUUUUACAGCGAAUGUUUUUUCGCCUGUAAAAGGUGUAAAAUAUGUCGUUUCCUUAAUCGUUUUUACGCGUGAUGGAUCACUACAACGAAGAAAUUUACUAAAAAUGUUUUGAACCUAAUUAAAUUGUCUAUUGCGUCACAAUGACUCUUGGAAAUUCAGUAAUUUUUUUAAAAGCCGAGAACGGGCUGUUUUAAUUUUGUGGUUUAGGCCAGUGAAGGAAAAAAUUCAAAAAUCGAAAAUACAACCGCUUGGUCCGAACUUAGACCGGAUGUUGGUAAUCAAUCUUUUGUUUUUAGAACCUGUCUCUCUGCAGGGUGCUGAGGGCCCUGUUAGCACCUGUCAAUCAAAUAAUUGUUUCCUGUCACGCUAGAAUAAGAUGUGACAGGAGUGAGUUCAAGUCGAUCGGAGUGGUCACAAGCUGAAGCUAGUGAAAUGUUGUUUUUUUCUUGUAGAACUCAGGAAUAAAUUGUUCAAAAAUGGUAUAACAAACCAGGUUUCUUGAAUUGUGAUCCACUUGCAUGGUACAGCUGUAUCUUCAAGACUCUGGAUAGAGAAUGGAAUCUCGAUGCUUUUUUCAUUUUUAUCUUUCUAUUUUAUGUCGGAACUGUAGUUUUUUAAAAUACUAAUUUCCCCGUCUUUAUAGUCGAAGGCGCGAUCCAACUUGUCUACGGUAUGGGUGUGACAAAAAGCACUGACAUAUCACUCUGAAAUGUCACACUCAUAACAACCCCCGGCGAUGUUUGUGUAACGAUAUCAGAUUAAAUAUUUGAACAACAAACAUAUCACUACACCACGAGAAAAAUUAUUGAUGCACAUCGAGGAAUUGUAUACUUCGUUAGGAGCCUCCUGACUUCGCACAAAUUUCUCGUUUCACUGCAAUACUUUCCAAAUGAAAUGCAAGUGAACGACAGAUAUGCGAGUCAUGCAAUCUCUGGGACACAGGCUGGUCCGAGGAAAAAAGGGAACAAAAACCUGAAAACCUGACUCGAUAAAUGCGUAUAUAAGGAGGUCCAGGCUUAUGUUUCUUUUCACAAUACCGUCAAUGAUCUAAUUGACGCCCUCUCUCAAAUAAACGCCUCUUGUCUAAUAAACGCCCCCUGUAUUAGACGCCCCUCAGACACCCCAUAUGACAGUCACUCCAAAAUAUACCAGGGUUUAGCAAAAUGGAGCAAAAUCAUUCAAGUUAUUCAGUUUUCUCUUUGAUUAGAAUAUACAAAGUUUUGUGCAUUGCAUCUUGUUUAAUUUCAAGUUUAAAGUAAGGAUAGACUAUAAACGAUGACAACACAAUUUCCCUGUUAGCAGAGGUCUCUUAGGACGAGGCCUCGUCGUGCGAGACCUCUGCUAGCAAGGAACAACACAAUGACCCUGAACGAGGGUUCUCACAUCGAAGUUGAGAUUUGAAAGAGCGACACGGAUAUCAACUGAUGCAAUGAAUAUUCCGCUGUUUUUAAACUCGCCUAAAGCAUAUCAGUUUUGAAGAGGUUGAUAUAAAAUUGGAAAUAAACGCCACUUUUCUAUUGAACGCCCUCUCUCUCUUGGACCCUAGCCUGCAUAACAGACGCUGUAUGAGGCAAGCGAGGCGAACGCGGCACUUUGCGCGGAAACGAAACGAUCACGAAACGAUCGCGAAGCGCGAGAGACGCCGCGUUUACCUCGCGUGGCUCAUAAAGCGUCUGUUAUGCAGGCUACUUGGAGCCCUAAAAUUAAAUAAAAGUCAGGGCGUGUAUUAGAUCAUUUGCGGUAUUUUACCUUAAGAAAGAGGAUUGUUUAAUCAAGGAUAACGUUUUCUAGUCCAGGCUCCCGCGAAGACGUUUCUGUAUGUUUCUGCAUAUUUUGAAUGCAUUAUGAUUCAUUUUUAAUGCGACAAUGUGGUGAUGAAACAUCUUUAUUUAUUAUUUUGUAACUGAAUUUAACUGUUCCAUUCGUAGAUUCCUGGCCACGAACAAGACACGGCCUUCCGAGUACAUCGGGUACAACAGCAACUGUUGUAAUUUUAAAGGGUAGAACGCUGUACAUAGCCCACGUGGGCGAUUCAGGCGCAGCCCUUGGAAGGUUAAAUCAGGAGAAAAAACUCCAAGCCGUACGCCUUACGGCCGAUCAUAAACCUGACGUUCCUUCAGAAAAGAGUCGGAUAGAGUCAGUUGGUGGUCAGGUUCUCUCCCGGAACGGUGUACCACGUGUGGCGUGGGAGAGACCCGUCCAUCAUGGCCAUAAGGGACCAGUUCGAAGAAGCACACAACGGGAAUCGGUGCCAUUCUUAGCUGUUUCAAGAGCGCUUGGUACGUGGGACAAAUGAAGUACUAUUUUUGACGAAUAAAGACCUUUGAAAUAUAUAGGAGUCUCGGAAAACUACUCUUUUUUUCUACUUGAUGAUCCAAUAUAUUCGUUGCCACGGAAAUCUUGAACUCUCAUUUUUCACAGAUUUUUUUAGGGACUCAAAUUCCCCCCUCGCAAAUUUGGCUAGUAGUGGUCGAUCAAUUAGUCUGUCAGUUCGUCAAUCAAAUGAUGAGUUCCAAAUUAGCGCGGUAGAUUUACGGCCAGACCGCUUUUAUUCUGAGGUGGUUCAUAUUUCUUCCCUCGGCAGUGCAGAAACUCUAUGGUUAUGUGAAAAUAUGGAACAAUUUAAACAAAGACAGCAAUAAACCAAUAUGAACCCGAAGCUUAGUCCGUUGUUGGGAGCUCUUCAGAGAGCCUGCUCGCAGGCUAAUAUAAAUAUACUUGGUCUUCUCUAAACAGAAACUGUGGCCAGUUCCGCAUCGACGAGGAAGUGAAACACAAGACUUGACAUCCCGUGUGUUUACGAUGGCCAGUUAACUUUUAUCGACUCAGUUGAAAAUCCCAAAUUCUUCUUGCUGUGGCGAUAAGCGCAAGAACAGAUUGCUGUUAACAAAACUAAUAACAUUGAACGUAUUUAUUUAUAAUGCAGGUGAUCUGUGGAGUUUCAAUUAUUAUCGCAGUGAAUUCAUUGUCUCCCCAGUCCCUGACGUUCGGGUCCACAAACUGACACCUGGAGUGGACAAGUUUCUGAUCAUAGCAUCUGAUGGACUGUGGGGGGUGAUGAAAGUAGAUGAGGCAGUCAAAUUUGUUCAUAAUUACGACCAGGACGAUAUAUGCAAAAUGGGGGACGUGUCACACAGGUAGGAUCAGUGAGGGUCUCUUUCGUUCUGUUGGCCCACAUAACGACGCAGUCUAUUCUUUUAUCACUACAUUUGGGCGUAUAAACUACUGAAUCCACGAUAUAAAGAGCGGGUCAUUGGAGUUAGGUAGCAUGCGAGCAGGCUCACUCGAGGGAGUUCGGGGAAAAUUUUGGCGGCGAGCCCGCCAGUGGGCGAGGAAGAGUCACUUUUCCUUACUGUAUUCUUCUCGCCGGCAAAAUUUUCCACGAACUCUCUUUAGCGGGCCUGUCCGCAGGCUACGUGAUAGGUUUUUGGUCACGUGGUAGGAUCGUUUUCGCUUUGAGCAUGUUUAAACUUGUUCAGUGUUGUUGAAAGUUUUGAUCAUUUGACCAAAGCGCGAGAUAGCUGAUGGGCAGCUGCUGAAGUAGCUUGUGCCAGGUUUUCAGAUAGUAGGGACACCAGCAAAAUAAAACAAGCCAAGUGAAAAUAAGACCCGCGCGAUCUGGGAUAGGGGCAGAGGCUUAUCUAAAAAUUAAUGCAAAAUAGUUGUACGUCGACUAAUUGGCUGUCGAAGUAUUUCAAUUUGCGAAACGGCUGUACUUUUGACUUAAAAUAGUGACCAACGUACACUCCCACUUUCCCUAUAUUCGUAAUUUUGGAUCUUAGACAUCUUUGAUCAGAAUAAUCAGGUACCAGAAUUUUUUCUAGCCAAUGGACAUGCGUUCCGGUGAGGGGGCAAAACCUUCCCAUCUUCUUGCGUUUUCGCGUCUUCAAUUUGCCCCAACAGCUUACCCUCACCGGAAAUAAUAAUAUUUCCGGUGAGGGUAAGCUGUUGGGGCAGACUAAAGACGCGAAAACGCAAGGAGAUGAGAAGGAGAGGGUUCCGCUCCCCUUUUUCUCCCCCCCCCCCCAACUUUGGUCAAGCUCUCACCCUUGCCUAUCAUUGGCUACCAAGCACCGUCUGAAGCUUUUUGGAGUUUAUAAUUUAGUGUCUUAUAUUCUUUUACUUUACCAACAGAUUAGUUUAUCGAGCAUUGGCAAAAUGGAGAGAACGGGAAUUAAGAGCAGACAAUACAAGUGUUAUUGUAGUGUUCUUCGAUGAAGCACCUCAGGUCGAACCACCAGCGAAAAAAUCAAGACUCGACACCCCCGAUAGUGAAGGUGAUACAACAGAGGGGGAAGCGAAAGAAUCUACGGAUUCCGCUCAAGAAAGCGAUAAAACUCCGGACCAAGACUCCCUAACAAGCACAAAACCAACGCUUGUGAGAAAACUGGCUUUUCGCUGUUCCAACCCAAUGCAGUUUAAUUCUUGUAUGAAUCACUUCUCGAACACUAAUUCAGCAGCCGGACUGCUGUCAUCUUUAACUUCUUCAAACCACGCUAAUUCUUCGUCAGUGUGUAAUUGUCAGUCGUAAAUAUAAAUUAUAAGGGCGUCGAGUUAAAAAUUGUUUUUCCCUCCAACAAGUGAGUUUUUGAGAACGCUAAUAAGGUCGUUAAAAAUUCAGUCGUGGACAGUUCCUUUUAUCCAGCUGCGUCGACAGGUAAAGAGAAGAAUUGAAUGCAAUAAAAAAUGAGCGACUGGGGAGUCCGCAGUCUUCGCUCGUUUACGCCCUCGCUUACGCCCUCGCUUACGCCCUCGCUUACUGCCGUUGGAAAUUUGUAGAGCUCAAGUUCUCACUUUUGGAGGAAGAAUUGAGAGUUCCUAACUAAGAGAACUGGCUUUCCAGAAGCCUUGUCUUUAAAAUUUAUUUUAAAAGACUUAAAAAAACUAAAUGCUCAACCUUGCAGAUCUUGGUCAUGCAUUUUAAAAGGUCCUAAGAAGUGGCUUCUCCUAGUUAUGCUCUUUGCUUUGUAGUAAAAUGAAUUUCGUACGUGUAUGUAUUGUAUAUAUAAGUCACACUACACUCGGGGCGAGCUUUUAAAUUCCUCAAAUAUUUGUAAUAUAUAGGCUGAAAUAUUCUUUGAGGGGUAAUAGGCGUUUCACGAUAUUUUGUAACAAUCGGUGUAGAAAAUAUGAUUCUUUUAAUAUCAAUUUUCAUCAAAUGUUCAAAGUCGAAUACUCUUGUAAAUAAUAUUUAAAUGUAUCGCCACUAAGCUCCCAAAAAUACCGUGAAAACUUGAAGCUUUCACCUUGAUAAAUAGAAAAUAGCUGUUAGGUGUUUUCUUACAAGCUGAAAAUACAUUAGAUUGGUGCCAACGAAAUGAACUAUUUUUAGGCACUGUGCUUGGCACCACAGUGUGUCGUCGGAGAUGGAAAAGGUUAAAAUUUGGUUAUAAAAUUGAAGGCUUAAAAUGUAUUACUAGUAUGGCAGGACCAGAAAUAAAAAAGGAAUGAACUAAGGCACAAAAAAGGUGCAACAGUGUCGAGGCUAGCUUUUUCUUCCCAGCACUUCUA